AAACAUUGGGCUUUAACCCAAUGAACUGCAGAGCUUUCCCCCCAUCAGAGCAUAAAUGAGCCUAUAGGAAAUAGCUGAGGGCAAAGGCUAGGUGGGGAGGUUGUUUUCUUCUCCACCCUCAUUAGAGGACCCAGUCUCCCUGCUGUGUGCCCUUGUUCCCUCCUGGCAGUGGAGGAGAGCAGAUCCUCCAAGGUUUGUGGUGUAUGGGGGUAGGACCCAUCUGUGAGUCAGCAGGGAGGGAGGUACCAGUGUCCUCCUCCUCUACCCCAUAGAGAUGACAGCUGAGCUGAAGAAGACUGAAAAUAAUGGAAAUGUCCUCUCUGUCCAGCAAGAGUCUCCACCAGCAGCGAUGUCAAGAAAUGGAUACUUCUUUGAAGAGAGUGGGUACCUCAAGUGCGACACGGACGAUGGCUGCGAGGCCAAGGAGGAGACGGGCGGCGAGGAGCUCUUCGACACGGUGAACUCCUCCAUCGUCUCGGGCGACAGCAUCCGCUUCUUCGUCAACGUCAACCUGGAGGUGCCGCCCAACGUUGCUGUUGAAAAUGAGAGUGCUGGCUGCGUGUUACUACACACAUCAAGAAAGUACCUGAAGUUAAAGAAUUUUGAGGAGGAAGUCAGAGCCCACCGAGACCUGGAUGGGUUCUUGGCCAGAGCCAGCAUCAUUCUUGAUGAAACUGCAACCUCCUUAGACGAUGUCCUUCGAGAGAUGCUGAAGCAUUUUGCUGAAGACCCCGAUAACACGGAGCCGAGCUGCAACUUUGAAAAAAUCAUGAGCACUUUAUUCACAGAUUCAGGGACCCCUCGAGAAGGGAACGUUCAUCUAUUAUCAGAUACAAUUCAAGGGGUCACGGCGACAGUCACAGGGGUGCAGUAUCAGCAGUCCUGGCUCUGUAUCAUUUGCACUAUAAAGUCCCUUCAGCGACGUCACGUUUGCAUCAGCCGCCUGGAGAGGCCUCAGAAUUGGGGUGAGAAUUCCUGCGAAGUGAGAUUUGUGAUAUUAGUCCUGGCUCCUCCUAAAAUGAAAAGUACCAAAACAGCCACAGAGGUGGGCCGGACCUUUGCCACAAUGUUUUCAGACAUAACCUUUCGGCAGAAACUUCUAGAGACCAAAACUGAAGAGGAGUUCAAGGAAGCCUUAGUCCACCAACGUCACUURCUCACGGUGGUGAAUCAGAGACCCUCAGCAGUGAGCGAUGGGCAUAAGCCGCACGGCCCUAAGCCGCUCAAGUUGCAUGAGUUUCUCAAUGUUGGCAAGGGGAUUUCUGAUGACAUUGCACGAAGAUUUCCAGUGUACGCUUUGGACUUCACUGACGGUGUUAUUGGAAACAACAAGGCUAUAGGAAAAUACAUCACAACCAUGAUUUUUCUGUAUUUUGCCUGCCUCCUUCCAUCUAUAGCAUUUGGGUCACUCAAUGAUGAAAACACCAGAGGAGCUAUUGAUGUGCAGAAGACAAUCAUUGGCCAGUGUAUCGGAGGGCUGCUUUAUGCCCUCUUUUCAGGGCAACCUUUAGUUGUGCUCCUAACUACAGCUCCUUUAGCACUCUACAUUAAUGUCAUCCGAGGAAUUUGUGAUGACUACAACUUGGAUUUUAAUGCUUUCUAUGCCUGGAUUGGACUGUGGAACAGCUUUUUCCUGGUGAUGUACUCCCUCUUUAAUUUCAGUCUUCUGAUGAAGCUCUUUAAAAGGUCAACAGAAGAAAUAAUUGCACUUUUUAUAUCUAUCACUUUUGUUUUUGAUGCUAUCAAAGGCAUUGCCAAAGUUUUUAAGAAAUAUUACUACUAUGGGCGCGCAGGAGACAGUUACUUGGAAAAAGCACGAAUUGAUGCUAUUCCAAGCUUCGGCAUCAAUACCACCUUCUUGAUGAACUCAUCAGUGAGCAGAUCCAUGUCCCUAGAGAAUCAAACAGGCACUCAUGAUGUGCAUUAUGGACGUGAAACUGCCGUCCUUAGUCUCAUGUUGAUGUUGGGUACCCUUUGGCUUGGUCAUACGCUCUAUCAGUUUAAGAAAAGCCCAUAUUUGCAUGCAAGAGUCCGUGAAAUUCUGUCAGAUUGUGCCUUACCGAUUUCAGUCCUGACUUUCUCUGUUGUGGGCUCCUAUAUCUUCAAGGAAAUAGAAAUGUCCAAAUUUAACUACAACCCGUCCGAGAGCUUGUUCGUGCUGGCCCCGGUCCGGUCUCUCUCCAUUGGGUCGGUGAUGAGCGCCAUGGGGCUGGGAUUCCUCCUCUCCAUGCUGUUCUUCAUAGAGCAGAACAUUGUGGCCUCGCUCACCAACGCCCCGGAGAACAGGUUGGUGAAAGGAACAGCCUAUCACUGGGACCUCCUGCUUGUUGCACUGAUCAACACAGGGCUGUCCAUCUUCGGCCUGCCGUGGAUCCAUGCUGCCUUCCCUCACUCCCCAAUGCAUGUCCGUGCUCUGGCCUACGUGGAAGAGAGGGUGGAAAAUGGACACAUCUAUGAAACGAUUGUGAGUGUGAAGGAGACCCGACUGACAAGCCUAGUGGCCAACUUCUUCGUUGGCCUCUCGUUCCUGCUCCUCCCCUUCCCUCUUCAGUGGAUCCCAAAGCCUGUCCUCUAUGGCCUCUUCUUAUACAUCGCACUGACUUCCAUCGAUGGGAACCAGCUCUUUGAGAGGGUGGCUCUGCUGCUCAAAGAACAGACUGCUUAUCCUCCGACACAUUACAUCCGCAGAGUGCCCCAGAGGAAGAUCCACUAUUUCACAGGCUUGCAGGUCCUGCAGCUCCUCAUCCUCUGUGGGUUUGGCAUGUCACCACUGCCCUACAUGAAGAUGAUCUUCCCACUCAUCAUGAUAGGAAUGAUCCCAAUAAGGUAUAACCUGCUCCCCAGGAUCAUUGAAGCCAAGUACUUAGACGCUAUGGAUGCAGAGCACUAACUAGGAUUUGAUGCACACAGAAGCAUGAAGAUGGCUCCUUUUGGAGUUGAAAGGACAGGGUGGCUUUGAGACGUAGAACAAUUAAUCUGCAGUUCUUUCUUUCACCACUUUCUGCUCUAAUACAACAUUGGUAAUGCACAAAUAUUAAAGACCAAUUGAGCAUUGAGGUGUCAGACCAAAACAGCCUUGGACUUGGAGGCCRAUGCUCUUCAGAGCUUUGAGGCAAGCAAGCUUUACAGAAACAUUACUUUCUACAUCCCAAAACUGGAAACCCCAAAGAGCAGCAUGUUCGUAUGGUUGGAGCAUGCAUUCCUACAAUUGUCACGUGGUCCCUUGUUUGGGGGCGGGAGGGAUCCCUUUUUUUAUGCACCACAUCCCUUUGUUUCCCAAAACACUAUUGAUGUACAAGGACAGCAGCUGGACUCUGCUUUUCCAGAAUGACUGUUCUGGCAUUCUGGAUUGUUUCCCAUGUGUCCAGUAUUCCCAAAUGGGUAUUCCAGGUGGGAUGGCCUCCUGGUAAGGCACUGCUGUCAGGAGAGGUGCGGCCAUCUCUCCUGAGUAGUGGAAGGGUGUGAAACCAUCUUAAAUUGGACAGAAAAAAAAAAAUCCACAGCUUUGAGUAUUUAAUUCCUGUGGAGGAGCCGGAGAUGUUCAGGGGUUGGGUUCACCUGGUGAUGCUCAUGAAACUGCAUCUGGGUCCRAGUUAUUUGGGAAUUAUUUUGAAUCUUUCUACCAUUACUGCUCAGUAAUCAAAUG